UGAACUUGUGAGAUACAUAUGAUAAUGGCGUCAAAAAGGAAUGUGAAAAGCGUGCGAUUUGGUGACACCGGUUAUGAAGAAAUAUUGGUGCAGUGGGCAGCUGAAUGUGAUGAUCUGCCUUCUGAAGAAAGUGAUGUGUCAGAAGCAGAAAAUGAUGACACAGAAGAUAGAAAUUUCGAAUUGGUUCCUGACGAGUAUUCUGGAUCCAGUUCUGAUCAUGGUGACGAUAAUUCAGAGGAUGAUGUUGAUGAUAUUGGUAAGCCUUCAACGAGCGGUUACAUUGCUCCAAGUGGUCUGGUAUGGAGUUUGGAACCUCCAGCAAAAAAUAAAAUUCAACCACACAACAUUAUUCGGCGUGCGCCAGGACUAGCAAGGAAACUCCAGUUAUUGUACAAGAAAUUGUGAACUGUACUAAUUUA